AUGAAGCAGGAUUGGGAGUUGGUGCUUGUGAUUUACCUGAUUAUCAGUUUGUACGCGGAGAUCGGUUAUUCUGCGACGUCCGAGCAAGAUAUCAGAGAGAGAUUUUACGGUAAUUUGAUAAAUUCAUCGGCGGCGGGCGACGGCGACGGGAGCAUAGCCAAGAUGUUCGAUCGCGUGUUGGAGAAAGAGUUCUCAGAGAAUGAUCAGCCUGAAGGAGCCGAUGGAAGCAGUUUCAAUAGCACUGUUGCUGAUCAGCAGGCGGAAUUGGAGACUGUCGCUAAAAUAACCCAUGAUAAGUCAAAGAAGAAUGACACUAAAGUGGCCAAUUCUACCAAAUCUUUCCAACUUCAAGAUGUUUUCUCCCUCGAGAAUGAAGAUUCUGAAGAUGUGGAAACUCUGAUUGAUAAAAAGGACAACGUGUUUGUGAUGUCUAAUAAGAAAUCGAAGUAUCCAGUCCUUCAAGUCGACUUUAGGCUAAUUUCAGACUUGGUGGUUGUUGUAGUCUCUGCUGCCACUGGUGGAAUUAUCUUUUCUUGUUUGGGACAACCGGUCAUUGUUGGCUAUCUUCUGGCUGGAUCUAUUAUUGGCCCUGGUGGUUUAAAUUUUAUCAGUGAGAUGGUACAGGUGGAAACUGUCGCUCAGUUUGGUGUUGUCUUUCUUUUAUUUGCCUUGGGACUGGAGUUCUCUUUGUCAAAGCUUAAAGUUGUGGGGCCUGUUGCUGUUCUUGGUGGAUUGCUUCAGAUAAUCAUCCUUAUAUUUUUGUCAACUGUUACUGCAUUGUUCUGUGGAGCAGAGUUGUCAGAGGGUGUAUUUGUCGGUUGUUUUAUGUCAAUGUCGUCAACUGCAGUGGUAGUGGUGAAGUAUCUUGUUGAGCGGAACAGAAAUAAUUCGGUUGAUGGUCAAGUGACAAUAGGGACACUUAUUUUUCAGGAUUGUGCUGUGGGCUUGCUAUUUGCUUUGCUUCCUAUUCUUGGAGGUAACGGAAUCUUGAACGGAAUGGUCUCCAUGGGUAAAUUGCUAAUCACUUUAUGCAUAUAUCUUACGGUGGCUUCUAUGUUGACUUGGCUAGCUGUUCCUCGGUUUCUGAAGUUGAUGAUGCAGUUAUCAGCCCAAACAAAUGAACUCUAUCAACUUGCUGCUGUGGCUUUCUGCUUGAUGUCUGCUUGGUGCAGCGAUAAACUGGGCCUCAGUCUUGAAUUGGGUUCUUUUGUGGCUGGGGUGAUGAUAUCCACCACUGAAUUUGCGAAGCAUACCUUAGAUCAGGUGGAGCCGAUUCGUAAUUUUUUUGCUGCUCUUUUCCUUUCUAGCAUCGGGAUGCUCAUACAUGUACACUUCCUUUGGACACAUGUGGAUAUAUUGCUUGCCUCUGUUUUUCUGGUGGUGACUGUCAAGACAACAGUUUCUGCUAUGAUUACUAAGGCCUUUGGUUAUAGUCUUAGAACGUCAUUUGUCGUUGGAGUGUUGCUGGCGCAGAUUGGAGAGUUUGCAUUUGUUCUCUUAAGCCGCGCUUCAAACUUACAUCUUAUUGCGGGGAAGAUGUAUCUUCUUCUUUUGGGAACAACAGCUCUGAGUCUUGUGACGACUCCUGUCCUAUUCAAGCUAAUACCUGCUUUCAUACGCUUGGGUGUUCUUAUGCAAUGGUUUCCUUCUCAAAGUAUAACUAAUAGUGAG